UCAAAAACAAACCUGAAAAAAAAAAAAAAACCCAGACGGAUGAAGCAGGUAUGAAAAGAAAAAUGAACUCGCUGGACGUCGAUUCCUCAGCACAUCCAGUGAUGACCCGCUCUAGAUUUCCAUCGGGCGACAACGACGGCACCUCCACGUCUCAGGCCGACACGUGGCAAGCGUCUUCCAAACUCAGGCAGCACGUAAUGGACCUGCUCAGCACAAAAGUGUCUCCUGUUGUGCUCCAGUCCUACAAGAACAAACUGGAGAUCCUCAGUAAGAGCUCCUUCUACAUCCAAAUGACCUGUCAGGAUCCUCCUCAGCCCGGUGAGAGCUACGUCUCCAACUCGGCCCUUCUGCACUUCAUCGACCCGUUUCGGUAUCAGCGCAUGAAGAGGUUUGGAAAAAGCCACGUCGAGGUCCAGCUGGCACUGCUCGAGGAGCUUUACGACGAGCUCGGCAGGGUCCGAGAUGAACUGGAGGCCUUCUUGGAUGGUAAAGAUCCUCUGAUUGAGGAAGCUGCUGUUCAGGAUAAGAUAACCAGCCUUCUUCAAGCUGCUUCAGACUUUGAGUCUGUGAUAAUUCCAGGGCAGCUGGAUCUCAAACAUCAGCUGAUCUCAGCCACAGAAGGUCACAAAGUGCCACAUAUUAAAACAGCGCUGAGCGUCAAGCUGCCAGUCGUUUUUAACAAAACUCUGACUAAAGUUUACUCGGAUUCUGUGGUUCUUCACUGGUACAUAGAAGGACAGCAGCAGCACGAACCAGGAGAACAAUUCGAGCUUAAAUACAAACUCUUGCAGUCAGUGAACCAAGAGGAGGUGACGCAGGGGUCCACGACAAUCUGCACAAGCUACUGUUUAAAAAUCACCCACUUGAUGCCUAAACGACGUUACGAGUUCACCAUAAAGAGAGUCGAUUAUGAUGAUUUGGUUUGUGCCCUCUGGACUGAAUCCAUCAUCCUCAGUACUGACUGACAGACCAGCUAAAGAUCAAAGCCAAGAUGAAGACUACAGUAUGAUCAAUUAUUUUAGCCACAUAAUUUAAACUUUAAAGAACAAUAAAGUCAUCUCGAUCUGA